CUAUUUAACUACUAUACGCCAACUCCGGAGAUACAGUGAAAUAGCCGUUUACUUUUUGCAUUGUCUCUCCCCGUCUUUCGACGUUCGAAUUCUAUCCUCUCGACCUCUGCUACCCAACGUUUCCAUCUUUUGCAUCGAAAACAGAUGAUGCAGAAACCUAACCCCAAUUCGACGGCAGAGGAUGAAGACCAUCGUGUCGUCAGGCGAAUCCAGCGUCUCUCCUUGCACCUAACACCUCUAGGUCGUCUUCCUCCCGAAGAGACCCCACUCCAGUUGCUAACAUGCGCCAGGGUGAAGCUUAACGUGAACGCUUCCCUGCUCUCUGAUUACAUGAGGGGGAAACACAGGGAAAUCCAAGAGAGGAUAUUUGAGUUCUUCAACUCUCGGCCUGAUCUUCAAACGCCGGUGGAGAUAUCCAAGGACGAACACCGGGAUCUCUGCAUGCGACAACUUCUUGCGUUAGUCAGAGAAGCUGGGAUUAGACCUUUUAAAUAUGUUCUCGAAGACCCUGGUAAGUAUUUUGCAAUCGCCGAAGCUGUCGGGAGCGUCGACAUGUCCCUUGGCAUUAAGAUGGGAGUGCAGUACAGCCUUUGGGGAGGUUCAGUCCUCAACUUAGGAACCAAGAAACAUAGAGACAAAUACUAUGAUGGGAUUGACAAUUUGGAGUAUCCAGGUUGUUUUGCUAUGACAGAACUUCACCAUGGUUCAAAUGUUCAAGGCAUCCAAACAGUUGCUACAUUUGAUCCAAGCACAGAUGAGUUCAUAAUAAAUACACCCAAUGAUGGAGCCAUCAAAUGGUGGAUUGGUAAUGCUGCUGUUCAUGGGAAAUUUGCAACAGUUUUUGCAAAGCUUAUGUUGCCAUGUAAAGACAAUGAAGGUGUUUCAGAUAUGGGUGUCCAUGCUUUCAUUGUUCCAAUUAGGGACUUCAAGACUCAUCAUACGCUUCCUGGUAUUGAGAUACAUGAUUGUGGCCACAAGAUUGGCUUGAAUGGAGUUGACAAUGGAGCACUAAGAUUCCAUUCUGUGAGGAUUCCUCGAGAUAAUCUACUUAAUCGAUUUGGAGAUAUCUCACGGGAUGGAAAAUAUACAAGCAGUCUACCCACCGCUAAUAAAAGAUUUGCAGCCACGCUAGGGGAACUUGUUGGAGGUAGGGUGGGCCUUGCAUAUUCUUCAGUUGGUGUCCUCAAAAUUGCUGUUACAAUUGCUGUCCGUUAUUCUCUACUUCGCCAGCAAUUUGGUCCUCCCAAGCAGCCAGAGAUUAGCAUUCUAGAUUACCAGUCGCAGCAACACAAGCUUAUGCCUAUGCUGGCUUCAACCUAUGCAUUCCACUUUGCAACUCUCUAUUUGGUGGAAAAAUAUUCUGACAUGAAGAAGUCACAUGAUGAAAAUGUGGUAGGAGAUGUUCAUUCACUUUCUGCUGGCCUCAAGGCUUAUGUAACAUCUUAUACGGCCAAAUCCUUGAGCAUCUGCCGUGAAGCCUGUGGAGGCCAUGGGUAUGCUGCUGUUAAUCGGUUUGGUACCCUGCGUAAUGAUCAUGACAUAUUUCAGACAUUUGAAGGGGACAACACUGUUCUUCUGCAGCAGGUGGCAGCAGACCUUUUGAAGCAAUACAAGGAGAAAUUUCAAGGUGGGACACUAGCAGUCACAUGGAACUACCUGAGAGAGUCCAUGGGUACAUAUCUUUCUCAGCCAAAUCCAGUGACAGCUCGGUGGGAAGGUGAAGAUCAUUUAAGAGAUCCAAACUUCCAGCUGGAUGCCUUCAGGUAUCGGACAUCUCGGUUGCUUCAAAGUGUUGCUGUACGCCUUCGGAAACACUCUAAGACUCUAGGAGGCUUUGGUGCUUGGAAUAGAUGUUUGAAUCAUCUCCUGACAGUUGCAGAGUCUCACAUUGAAUCAGUCAUCCUUGCAAAGUUUAUUGAGGCUGUACAGAAAUGCCCUGAUGACAACACUAGAGCUGCUCUGAAGCUCAUCUGUGAUCUUUAUGCCCUCAAUCGAAUUUGGAAUGAUAUUGGGACCUACCGUAAUGUAGAUUAUGUGGCCCCCAAUAAGGCUAAGGCUAUACACAAGCUGACAGAGUAUCUGAGUUUCCAAGUAAGAAAUAUUGCUAGGGAAUUUGUAGUCGCAUUUGAUCUCCCAGAUCAUGUGUUGCGGGCCCCUAUUGGCUUGGAGUCAGAAGCUUAUACUCAUUAUACACAGUACGUUGGAUUUUAAACUUUGAGAUGGAUUCAUUCAAAUCACCACUGGGGAUGCUGAAUAAUACCGAUGGCCGUUGUGUUUAACGGUCUCUGAACACACUAGAUUUGGCAAAUUUCUUCGGAUUGGCAGGAUUUUCCAUCUCAUCAUGCUUGGGGAGUAGUGUCAAAAAUCUAAGUGUACACUUGAAAAAGUAGUUGCUUGUAAGAAUAUUUACCAAUAAUUAAUCAAUUCUAAAUCAUUUCUUAUUUAGACUGCA